CGGUCUCUGUCGCUCGACACACAAGAAUUUUAUUUUUUAUUUUUAUCUUUCAAGCAAGUUGUACCAGUUGUAAAUUGACAACGGAUAUUGAUAACAAAAAAAAUAGAAAAAAUAAAAACAAUAAAAUGUUGAAAAUGUUACAAAUUCGAAAAUUCAAUAAAUUACCCACAGUUUCAGCGUUUCGCCACUAUGCAUCGUCAAAAAGUGGAGAUGAUUUGAUACCAAAGAAUGUUAUCAAUUCUCCCGUGGUUACUCACCAGCCAAACGGUCCAAUCAUUGAUAAUAAACCAUAUAAAAUAGCACUAAAAGCAGGUAAAAUAUACUCAUGGUGCAUGUGUGGCCAAUCAAAGUCGCAGCCACUUUGUGAUGGAACCCAUAAAUACGUUCCUUUUAAAAUAAAAGAAAGGCCGGUCCGAUUUCAAGUGGAAAAGGAUGGAGAAUAUUGGAUUUGUAUGUGCCGGCAAACUAAGCAUCGUCCAUUUUGCGAUGGAACGCACAAGGAGAAGCAUAUACAAGAGAAAAAUGUCCGAUUUUUCUAGACGUCAAUCUAAAUUCGACGGAAAUAUGAAAAUCUAGUUAUAUAUUUGAUUCAAUUGUUGUAACAAUUUUUAGCUAAAAUAAAUUGAAACACAUGUCAAUGGCGUAACAUUUUACGUUCUCUAAAACAA